AUGGAGCAGAAUCAGCUGGACAAAGAAACCUUCUCCUGUUCAAUCUGUCUAGAUCUACUAAAGGAUCCAGUGGCUAUUCCCUGUGGACACAGCUACUGUAUGAACUGCAUUAAAAGACACUGGAAUGAAGAGAAUCAGAGACGAAUCCACAGCUGCCCUCAGUGCAGAGAGACAUUCACACAGAGGCCUAUUUUGAAAAGGAACACCAUGUUAGCAGCUUUAGUAGAGCAGCUGAAGAAGAAUGGACCCCAAGCUGCUCCUGCUGAUCACUGCUAUGCUGGACCUGAAGAUGUGGCCUGUGAUUUCUGCACUGGAAGAAAACUGAAAGCCAUCACGUCCUGUUUAGUCUGUCUGGCCUCUUACUGUGAGAAACACCUUCAGCCUCAUUAUCAUGUGGCUCCACUGAAGAAACACAAGCUGGGGAAACCUUCAAAGAACCUCCAGGAGAACAUCUGCUCUCAUCAUUAUGAGGUGAUGAAGAUGUUCUGUCGCACUGAUCAGAAGUGUAUCUGUUAUCUCUGCUCUGUGGAGGAACAUAAAGGCCACGACACAGUGUCAGCUGAAGCAGAAAUGGCCGAGAGGCAAAGCGAGCUGGAGGAGAGACGAGGAAGAAUCCAGCAGGGAAUCCAGGACAGAGAGAAAGAUGUGGUUCUAAAGUCCAGACCACAUUCACUCAACCGCUACAUGCUGGAGUUUGGAUCGGUGAAAAACAACCAGUUUCUCCACAGCUACCCCUCACUGUCAGCACUCAGUGAGUCUACACACUCAUCCAGCAUCAAUAUCCGUCCUCUGAGACACUUUGAGGAUGUGACAGCUGCUGUGUCAGAGCUCAGAGAUAAACUACAGGACAUUCUGAGAGACACAUGGACAAACAUCUCACUGACAAUCACUGAGGUGGAUGUUUUACUUUCAGAACCAGAACCAAAGAGCAGAGCUGGGUUUUUGAAAUAUUUUUGUAAAAUCACACUGGAUCCAAACACAGCACACACUCAACUGUUGUUAUCAGAGGGGAACAGGAAGGUAACAGCAAUGAAACAACAUCAGUCUUAUUCUAGUCAUCCAGAGAGAUUUACUGACUGGUGGCAGGUUCUGAGUAGAGAGAGUCUAAAUAGACGUUGUUACUGGGAGGUGGAGGGGAAAGGAGGAGUUCGUGUAGCCAUCGUAUACAAAAAUAUCAGCAGAGCAGGAAAUGGAAAUGAAUGUAAGUUUGGGUGGAACGAAAAAUCAUGGGCAUUAGAUGUUUCCCAAGAUGGUUACAAAUUUGGUCACAACAACAUGUGGACCUCCAUCUCAGGUCCAGUUACCUCCAGAAUAGGAGUGUACCUGGAUCACUCAGCAGGUAUUCUGUCCUUCCACAGCGUCUCUAAGACCAUGACUCUCCUCCAUAGAGUCCAGACCACAUUCACUCAGCCGCUACAUGCUGGACUUUGGGUUUACUGGACUGGAAACUCUGCAGAGAUCUGUAAACCAAAAUAG